AUGAAUUGUGCUUACUAUCAGCAGCAUGGGGGCCCCCCCGUGCCUCACAAUGUCACCAAUAAUUACUUCAACGAGCCAUGGGAUGGCGACCGUCCUAAUUUCAGUGGCAUCGCUGAGGCUAGAGCGCCGCGCGGGUGGAAAGGGGGGGGGCCGAAGGGGUCUCGCAAUUACGGGGCCCGUAAUUACAGGGCUAGCGGCCGCACGGCGCCGAAACCAGCCGACUCCGGGUCUCCUGCCAUAAUUAAAAACGCUCCGGAUUAA